AUGGCCUCGCCGCCAAAGCCAUGGGAAAGAGCUGGAGCGGGCACAUCAGCCGGGCUUUCUUCAACACCAGCAAGCAACGGCAGUAGUAUUACAGCAUCGACCGCAUCUCCGUCCGCGACAGCACCCUUGACGUCUAAUCCACCUGCACUACCUGAACGACCUAGUACCCUUAACUCGAUAGUGAACCGAACGGCAUCGAACUACUCUAGCCUCAACGCCAACCGCUACGGAUCCUCGCCCUACGGAUACGGCGGCAUGAAUAGCUUCUCAUCCCCAUACUCGCGCCUCGGUGGCUACGGGUCCAUGUAUGGCGGCAUGGGCGGUAUGGGAGGGAUGUACGGCGGAAUGGGGGGUAUGGGUGGCAUGGGUGGGAUGUAUGGAGGCAUGGGCGGGAUGCCCGGCGACCCGAACAACCCGAGCUUGACGCAGUCGAUGAACCAAAGCACACAGGCUACCUUCCAGCUCAUUGAGAACAUCGUUGGUGCGUUUGGAGGGUUUGCGCAGAUGCUUGAGAGCACGUAUAUGGCGACGCAUUCGUCCUUCUUCGCCAUGGUCUCCGUCGCCGAACAAUUCGGCAACCUCCGCCAAACCCUCGGCUCCAUCCUAGGCAUCUUCACCCUGAUGCGCUGGUUCCGCACCGCCGUCGCCAAAGUGACCGGCCGGCCUCCCCCGGCAUCCUCCAAAGAGCUCACCCCCGCCAACUUCGCUGCCUUCACCGGCCGCGGCGCCGCCGAUCCAGCAACGCCCCGCCCCUCCAAAAAGCCCUUCAUCAUGUUCGUCCUCGCCGUCGUGGGGCUGCCCUACCUCAUGGGCAAGCUGAUCCGCGCGCUCGCCCGCUCGCAGGAGGAAGAAGAGCGCCGCCGCAUCGAGGCGAACCCGCACAUGCACGCCGACCAGCAGCAGCCGCUCGACCCGGCGAAGCUGGACUUCUGCCGCGUGCUGUAUGACUUUACGCCGGACCAGAACGCCGUCGAGGGCGUGGAUCUGGCGGUCAAGAAGGGAGAUUUGGUGGCCGUGCUCAGCAAGACGGAUCCGCUGGGGAAUCCGUCCGAGUGGUGGAGGUGUAGGGCCAGGGAUGGGAGGAUGGGGUAUCUGCCUAGCCCGUAUCUGGAGACGAUUCAGAGAAGACAGCAGCCGAUGCUCACGAGUGGGAGUCAAGCGGGCAGUCCGGCGGGGAGUAGGGCCCAGACGAUGUCGGGGACUGGGAGUCAGAUGGGGAGCAGGAGUGGGACGAUGACGGAGAUGGCGGGGAAGCCGGUUGUGGCGGGGAAGAUGGGGGAGAUGGGGAUUGAGAGCUUUCAAAAGGGGCAGUUUUAUUCCUAG